GUACGUCGUACUUGCGCGCACGCAGAGGCGAGAGUAGUACGCGACUAAUUUUUAUGGCAUAUUCAUGUUGACCGCAUGCACGAAGAUCUCGCGUCAUCGAAAGAAAUAUAAAACACGUGUGAGUGUGAGUGUGUGAGAGAGAGAAGAGAGAAAAAAAUCAAGAAUCGGAGUAAAAAGAGAUAAAAAAAUUAUCAAUGUCUGACUAAUGAAGCAACGCGUUUUAUUUUUAAUUCCAUCAUCAAUCGCGUCCUCAAUCAUUUCGUGACGAUAAUGUGUGAUUCAUAGGCUGCAAUUCUUGGUAAAAAAAACAUCCCAUUCUCAUUUAAAUCCCCACUAUUUACCUCAUGCUACAAUAUAUCGGGAGAACAUUCUGCAGAGCAGAGAACGUGGUAAAACGUGUUAACACGCGAUAGUUUUUCUAGUCGUUCGUUCAACUUUGAAUAACAGUCCAUAAGGAUCUGAAUACAUAUCGUGUUUUUAUUUUCGUUCUUUUUUACCGUGUGUCAGUGAACGGCAAACGAGUUUCGGGAAGAAGCGGCUGCUCAAUCGUAGGCCGGGUUUGGGAAGGGCGGACAGCGGGGCGAGGGGAAUUUCCACCGUGCCCAGAGACCGGCACGCGCGCUUCGUCUCUAAGCACGACCGGAAUUUUUUACUCUCUUACUUUUUUCACCCAGGCAAGGCUAUUUUUGAAGGCCUGAAGGUCAAGAAGAUUUUUAAUGUGAAAAAUGUCAACUGCACUCCUCGCGGUAUUCGCCGUUGUUCUUAUAAUACUAUUCAGAAUAUUGAACGUAAACAGUUCGGCUUUAAAGCCGGUUCUUUACUGUCAAGAUAAUGCAUUCGUUUCCACAAUCCUCAAGAUUGCACCUGUUAUCGCCGAGCCCUAUAAACCCACGAGGUUGUGGGGUUUCAGCGGGCAUGUACAGACCGUAGUGCACAGUAUUAUUGGUCGAGUCAGGUGUCCAUGGCCCAUAGGCGAAAGAGUCGUUAUCCCUCUACCAGAUGAAACUACUCUCACGUAUGAUCUUUACCAGCCUCUCACAAACGUUCACGAAGAUGACAUAACGAUCGCAAUUUGUCCGGGGAUCGGGAACAGCUCUGAAAGCGUGUACAUUCGAACCUUCGUACAUUUUGUUCAAUGUCACGGAUAUCGUUGCGCUGUACUCAAUCACGUUGGUGCUUUGUCGAGUGUGAAGGUCACCGCACCCAGGAUAUUUACCUACGGCCACACCGAUGACUAUCACGUGAUGCUUUCACACCUUGUGGAAAAACAUGCUGGCACUAGAAUCGUAUGCGUUGGUUUCAGUUUGGGCGGAAAUCUUGUUACGAAAUACAUGGGCGAACGUGGCGGAAAAACUUUGCCACAAAUAAUUGGUGGAAUUUCUAUCUGCCAAGGCUAUAACGCGAUCGAUGGUACAAAGUUCCUGCUUAAUUGGACGAAUUUCAGACGUUUCUACCUCUACAUUAUGACGGAGUCAGUUAAGAAUAUUAUUCUACGACACAAAGAUGUACUUUUAUCUAGAGAAGUGCAGCAAAGAUUUGGCUUGAAUGAAAGAGAUAUUAUUUCGGCGGCUACAUUACCAGAGCUUGAUGAAGCUUAUACAAGAAAGGUACACAAUUUUCGGUCCGUCAAGGACUUGUACAAGUGGAGCAGCAGUAUUAAUUACAUAGGCAAUAUUUCGAUUCCGAUGGUCUUUAUGAACGCCCUGGACGAUCCACUCGUUCCGGAAAUGCUUCUCGUACCCAUCCGAGAUUUCGCAGCGAAACACAAAAACGUGUUGUACAUUGAAUUGGCACACGGAGGGCAUCUCGGGUUCUACGAGGGAGGAUUGAUUUAUCCAAAUCCGAUAACAUGGCUCGACCGAACGAUAGUUUCUUUGGUAGGAUCACUGACCCUGGUGCACGCCGAUCGAACGAAGGUCUCUUAACCGCGGUCGGCGAAACGAUCAAUAAGAUCGAGAAAAAUCUUGCGGCAGUUGAACGACGGGAGCGGAAGAGAGGAAAAAUAAUUAUUAAGUACCUGGCCCUCCGCCGAAUUCCAAGGUUGUCAUAAUGCUCUCUCGAAACGUUUCUCCAGGGAAAAGAAAACGAAAUACCGCAAAAGAAAACAAAAUGAGAAAAAGAAAACCAAAAAUUACCAUGAAACUCCGUUAUUACCUCCGAACGCACGAUGUUUCAAAAGUGACUGAUAUUUAACUUUGGGAGCAAUUGUCCUUGUGCCCUUGAAACUUUGAAACGACUUUACUCGCAUUUUUUUCAUCCUCCGAGAGAAGAAAAAUUCAUCUCGAGCAUUUAUCCUUCAUUGUCACACAAAAUUCGAUCAUUAAAUCCAAGUUUCGAUACUUUAUCACUUUCCCCUUAACCAUGAUUAUCGACCUUGCAUUUAUCUCUGAAAAACCAACACCGCGUAAGAAAUCUAUGGUAUUUCUGCCGGCUCGUAUUUUUUUAUGAUCGGAAAUUCCAGGUUUUCACAAUCAUAUUCAAAAAAUUCUUCAUAAAAACUUUUGUUUCCUUCUUUUUUCACGUUUCAAUGUUGAUCGGACAUAUUUAAAUACGAUAAUAUAUGUGUAUGUCGGGAAUAUAUAACAAUUAUGGGGAAAAAAAUGAUACGAAAUAUAGAAGACAGGCCUAGAAUUGUUAUAAAAAUAAUAAUGUGUCGCAUUGGAAAAUAAAUAUAAGGAUAUUAAAUAUUACAAUUUUCGCUUUAUUUAAUAGAUGUUAAUAUUUAUUUCAUUCGAGAUAUUUUUUUUUCGAAAUAUGAAUAUAUAUAUACGUUUAUGUAAAUAUAUAAUUGUUUGCACAUUAUUGUUUUUAUGAUGAAUUUUUAAUAACCGGUUUCGUACUUAGAAAUGGGAAAAUUGAACGAGAAACAUUAUCGCACGAUUAUUGUACUGGAGAGAAAAAAACGCGUUAUGUAACAAUUCCGUAAAUUUCGAACUAAAAGUUUGAAGUUUCUUGAUCGUUGAGCGGAAAACGGUUAAAAAAAAAUAGUUAAAUGUUGUUUUAUUCGAAACAUGUGUAAGUUUUAAUUUCGAAGUAUUGAAAAUUUACUUCCAUUUUCGUCGUGAAAUCUGGUAAAUGAAUUUUGGCUUACAGAAUGACUCGCAGACCGCACUUAAAGUGAAGAAUAAAAAUUUCGUUUUUUUCUGAAAAUAAA